UUGUUCUUAUCCUGGGCCACAAACCUGAAGCCUCUUCCCAUCCAGCUCUUCCCACUUGUCAACUCCCCUCCGACUCCGAGGGCACGGGCGGCGAGGAUGGCGGCGGGGCCGGCGGCAGCCCUGAAAUCCUUCGAGGAGAGAGCUUCCGAUGCCGAGGCACGGUUGGCAAAGCUGGAAGCCCUGCUGCUGAACAAAGAUGGCGCAUCCGAGGCAAGUUCAUCUGCCAUGAGAAAUCUUGAGUCAAAGCUUGACGCAGCCACCAAAGAAUGUCUUGCUGAGAAGGAACAGAACCGGAAGCUGACCGUGGAGAACGAGAAGCUCCAGUAUCGUGUCUCCCAUCUCAUCCGGACAAUCAAAGAGGCGGAGUCAAGGUAGAGAAGCCUCUGAUAAGCUGGAUCCCGUAAAACUAAUCCUAUUUUGGCUUCGAGAGAAACGUUCAUCUCGCAAACCUGUCUAUGUGCUCGAUGUUGACAUCAUUGUCGGAGUUGGCUUAAACUGCUGUCCUGAGAUUGAUGAAAUGUGUCUGGUACGUGUAAGCUAGCAGUAAUGUAUUGAUCAGGUCGAUUAUUCGUAUCGACGAACAUUGAGCAGCGUGUUGCUAUCGCAGCAAAAGAUGAAGAUGAAAGAUAUUCCACA